CAUAUAAAAACAGUCUUCUUGGUCGCCCUCAGUGUGCAACAAAAUAACUCUCUAAUCCUUAUUAGGUUAAAAUAUUUAUCCGCGACGAGUUCUGAAGGAUAAACUGAGCUUUAUCUUGGUGACAUUAGGUUGUAUUUUGUGGAAGAAUAUAGUAUAAGGACUGCAGGGACGGAUUUGAAGACAUGGUUGUGAGAGCUCGGAGUCUUCGUGAACCGUUGGGCUGCUGAGGAUCACAGCCCCGGCAGGGCCUUAGUUAGCAGCUAGCAGCUAACUAGCUAAUGACUUCGCCCACGAUCCUCUACCGUUUUGGAACCCUCAAAGAAAAGAAGGAAUACAACCAAUGCUGAAUGUGGGAAGUUGAAGCUCCUGUAACAGAUGAUCAUGGCUGUAUCAAGACUUGACCGUUUGUUUAUCUUGCUUGACACUGGAACCACACCAGUAACCAGGAAAGCAGCAGCCCAGCAACUUGGAGAAGUGGUGAAACUUCACCCACAUGAACUCAACAACCUCCUGUCAAAGGUGCUUACCUAUCUACGGAGUCCCAGCUGGGACACUCGAAUUGCAGCCGGCCAAGCCGUGGAGGCCAUUGUGAAAAAUAUUCCUGAGUGGAACCCGGCUCCAAAGCCAAAGGAAGAGUCCCGUGAAGACCUGUCUCCGGAGGACUCGUCCUGUGACCGGUUGAAUUUUUACCAUUUUGACAUCUCCCGCCUGCUCAGGCAUGGCGCAUCGCUGCUCGGAUCUGCAGGAGCCGAGUUUGAGCUGCAGGAAGACAAAACUGGUGAGAUGGAUCCUAAGGAGCGUCUGGCUCGUCAGAGGAAGUUGCUCCAGAAGAAGCUGGGUCUGGAUAUGGGAGCUGCUAUAGGAAUGGACACAGACGAGCUGUUCAACGAUGAGGACCUGGACUAUUCCUGCCAUCCCAGCGGCUUUAAAGCCCAAGGAUUCAGAGCUGCAGCUGGCUGCAGCUCCCGCAACCACGUGACUAUUCAAGCUGCUGAAUUGAUCGACUCGGAGUUCCGGCCCGGCAUGAGCAGCCGUCAGAAGAACAAAGCCAAAAGAUUGGCUAAACUCGUGGCAAAACAAAAAUCCAGAGACGUGGAUCCUAAUGAGAAGAGCAAUGACAGCUUAGAAGGUGAACCUGAGGAGAAACGGAGGAAAACAACCAACGUCGUAAUCGACCAGCCUGCAACAGAGCAUAAGGUUUUAAUUGGCAACGUUCCAGACAACUCUGGUCUUUUAGAGGAGUCACACGAGUGGCCGUUGGAGAGCUUCUGUGAAGAGCUUUGUAACGACCUCUUCAACCCAUCCUGGGAGGUUCGUCAUGGUGCGGGCACCGGCCUCAGAGAAAUCCUGAAGUCUCAUGGUACUGGUGGUGGGAAACUGGUUGGAAGCACUGCAGAACAGAUGUUGCGACAGCAUCAGGAGUGGAUCGAGGAUCUGGUCAUUCGUCUCCUCUGUGUGUUUGCUUUGGACCGCUUUGGGGACUUUGUAUCUGAUGAGGUGGUGGCUCCUGUCAGAGAGACGUGUGCCCAGACGCUCGGCGUCGCUCUUCUUCACAUGAGUGAAAACAGCGUUGCCAUGACGGUGGACGUCCUGCUGAAGCUGCUGAAGGAGGACCAAUGGGAGGUCCGGCAUGGAGGCCUGUUGGGGAUCAAAUAUGCCUUGGCAGUCCGACAGGACCUGAUUUCCGUCCUGCUUCCCCGGGUCCUGCCUGCAAUAACCGAAGGUCUGCAGGACCUGGAUGAUGAUGUCAGGGCGGUGGCUGCUGCUGCUCUCAUCCCAGUGGUGGAAGGGUUGGUCCAGCUUCUGCCCAACAAGGUUCCUUUUAUUGUAAACACACUAUGGGACGCACUCCUGGACCUGGACGACCUCACCGCUUCCACCAACAGCAUCAUGACGCUGCUGUCUUUGCUGCUGACCUUUCCUCACGUUCGGCAAUGCAGCAUGGAGCAGUCACUGACUGUCCUGGUUCCUCGAGUUUGGCCUUUUUUAAGACACACCAUAUCAUCCGUAAGAAGGGCUGCGCUGGAAACGCUUUUCACACUGCUGUCUAAAGCUGAUGAGAGUUGUGCGGUUUGGAUAAAUCCCAUUUUACAAGAUAUGUUGCGGCACAUCUUCCAGUCUUGUAUCCUGGAGAGCAACGACGAAAUACUGGAGCUCAUUCAGAAGGUGUGGAUGGAGCUGCUGUCUCAGGUCCCCCAGCAGUUCGUGGUCGCAGCCAGCUGUCCUUGGAUGGGCGCCUGGCUCUGCCUGAUGAUGCAAGCCUCUCACAUUCCCAUAGACCUGAACAUGCUGCUGGAGGUGAAGGCCCGCUCCAAGGAUAAGACUGGAGCAAAGGCUCGGCUAGGAAACAAUCAAGUGAAGGAAACGGUCCAGCAGUACAUAGCCGGGGCUGAGACUGUAGCAGACGAUCCGUUGACGAGGGAUUACGUGGUGGUCCGUGCCAGGCUUAUGGCCGCCAGGUUGCUGGGAGCUCUGUGUAGGUGCAUCUGUGACCCUCAGCUCAACUCCGCAUCCCAGGAGAUCCGGCCAGCCGAGUCUUUGGGCCAGCUGUUGCUCUUCCAUCUCAACUCCAAAUCAGCCUUGCAACGGAUAGCCGUGGCUCUGGUUCUCUGUGAGUGGGCUGCACAGCAGAAGGAUUGCCAGAUGGUGUCGUCCAUGGUGCAGCCGCGGCUUCUGGCUGUCCUGACCGAGCAGCUGUACUACGACGAGAUCGCGAUUCCUUUCACGCGCAUGCAGAAUGAAUGCAAGCAGCUCAUUUCGUUGCUUGCUGAAGUUCAGAUAGACCUUCAAGAUCGCCUCAACAGCAGCGUUUUCACCAUAGACCAAGCCAACGAACUGGUUACCACCAUCUUCACAGAGACGACGGCAGGUCUGAACGUGAAGUCCAAGCAGUGGCUGGCGCUGGAGAGCAAACGACAGCAAGCCCAGUCUACGGUGAUGGAGACCAACACGGAAUGGCAGCAGCUGCACCUGCGCGUCCACAUGUUCACCGCCUGCGCCGCCAUCAACCUGGAAGUGCUUCCCGACAAGCUCAACCCUCUGGUGCGGCCGCUCAUGGAGACGGUCAAGAAGGAGGAGAACACCCUGAUCCAGAGUUACGCCGCUUCGUUCAUAGCCAACCUGCUGCGGCAGUGCGCCGUCCGCUCACCGUGCCCCAACCCAAAGAUCAUCAAAAACCUCUGCGCUUCGGCGUGCAUGGACCCCUCGGCCACGCCCUCGUCCGUUUGUCCCGUUCCCACAGCGCAAGAACAGGCUAAAGGAGGUGGGCUGGAAAGAGAUGGCAUGCAUCACAUAGUCAACAAAACCCAGGGGAUCAUCACUCUGUACCGCCACCAACGGGCCGCGUUCGCAAUUACAAGCAAAAGGGGUCCGACACCGAAGGCGCCGAAAGCCCCGGUGACAGAGCUUCCUCCUGGCAGCAUGAUAAGCUCCGAUAACGAUGAGAGCAAGAAGCAGUUUCUUGUUCAAAGACGGGGAGCGGAGUUUGCCCUAACGACCAUUGCUAGGCACUUUGGUGCAGACCUCAACCGGAGUCUGCCGUACCUCUGGGAAAACACGGUGGGACCCCUGAAGGCGGUCGCCAAGGAGAACCUCUGCAUCGACAGGCAGGCCCAGCUGGACAGAGGCGAUGCGGCAGCUCAGGAAUUGGUCAACUCUCUGCAAGUUUUGGAAGUCAUGGCUGGAGCCAUGGCGGCUGAACUUCGACCUUUGUUACUGGAACACCUACCUCAUUUGUUUACAUGCCUGCAGCACCCGUACACAGCGGUGCGGCACAUGGCCGCGCGCUGUGUGGGCGUGCUCAGUAAGAUAGCCACACUGGAGACCAUGAACAGUUUCCUGGAGUCUGUGCUCCACUGGUUAGCUGCUAUCGACGACUGCACAAAACAGGAGGGCGCCAUCGAGGCGCUGGCUUGUGUGAUGGAGCAGCUGGAUGUCGACAUCGUUCCCUACAUCGUGCUGCUGGUUGUUCCUGUUCUGGGCCGCAUGAGCGACCCCAGCGACAGUAUUCGUUUUAUGGCCACUCAGUGCUUCGCUACGUUAAUCCGCCUGCUGCCUUUAGAGGCAGGAAUACCAGACCCGCCGGCCAUGUCGGCCGACUUAAUCCAGCAGAAAGCGAGAGAGCGCCAGUUUCUGGAGCAGCUGCUGGACGGCAGGAAGUUGGAGAACUAUAAGAUCCCUGUGCCGAUUAAAGCCGAGCUCAGGAAGUAUCAGCAGGACGGCGUGAAUUGGCUGGCAUUCUUGAAUAAAUACAAGCUGCACGGGAUCCUCUGUGACGAUAUGGGCCUGGGGAAGACGCUGCAGUCCAUCUGCAUCCUGGCAGGAGAUCAGUACCUCAGGGCUCAAGAAUAUGCAAAGACCAAGGCAGCAGACUGCAGCCCCCUGCCCUCGCUGGUGGUGUGUCCGCCCACAUUAACGGGCCACUGGGUGGACGAAGUGGCCAAGUUCUGCUCCAGAGAGUUCCUCAACCCGCUGCACUACACCGGGCCUCCCACGGAGCGAAUGCGGUUGCAGCAUCAAGUGAAAAAACACAACCUGGUAGUCGCUUCUUAUGAUGUUGUGCGGAACGACAUCGACUUUUUUAGAAAUAUAAAAUUUAAUUACUGCAUCCUGGAUGAGGGUCAUGUGAUCAAGAAUGGGAAAACCAAACUGUCCAAAGCCAUCAAGCAGCUAGCGGCUAACUUCAGGGUCAUCCUGUCGGGAACGCCCAUCCAGAACAACGUCCUGGAGCUCUGGUCGCUCUUCGACUUCCUGAUGCCUGGCUUCCUGGGAACGGAACGCCAGUUCGCCGCUCGCUACGGGAAACCCAUCCUGGCCAGCCGCGACGCCAAGAGCUCAUCCAGAGAACAGGAAGCUGGCGUCCUCGCCAUGGAGGCUCUUCAUCGGCAGGUUCUGCCGUUCCUUCUGAGGAGGAUGAAGGAGGACGUGCUCCAAGACCUUCCUCCUAAAAUAAUCCAGGACUAUUACUGCACUCUGAGCCCUCUCCAGGUUCAGCUUUACGAAGACUUUGCAAAGUCUCGCGCCAAAGCCAGCGUGGAGGACAGCAUCUCUGCAGCCUCCAGUGAGGAAGAGGAGAAGCCCAAGCUGAAGGCUACGGGUCACGUCUUCCAGGCGCUGCAGUACCUGCGGAAGCUCUGCAACCACCCAAACCUGGUUCUGACGCCGCAGCAUCCGGAGUACAAACGCAUCACGGAUCAGCUGGCGUGUCAGAACUCCAACCUGCGCGACAUUCAGCACGCGCCGAAGCUCUCUGCUCUCAAGCAGCUGCUGCUGGAUUGCGGUCUUGGCGGCAGCGGAGGAGCGGAAGGCGGGACGGAGGCGGUGGUGGCGCAGCAUCGUGUUCUCAUCUUCUGUCAGCUGAAGAGCAUGCUGGACAUCGUGGAGCACGACCUGCUGAAGCCCAAACUGCCCUCUGUCACCUACCUGCGGCUGGACGGCAGCGUGCCGGCCGGCCUGCGCCACUCUAUCGUCUCCAGGUUUAACAACGAUCCCUCCAUCGAUGUGCUGCUGCUCACCACCCAUGUCGGUGGUCUGGGUUUGAACCUCACCGGCGCAGACACUGUGGUGUUUGUGGAGCAUGACUGGAACCCCAUGAGGGACCUGCAGGCCAUGGACCGCGCCCAUAGAAUAGGACAGAAACGGGUGGUGAACGUUUACCGGCUGAUUACGCGAGGCACGCUGGAGGAGAAGAUCAUGGGUCUGCAGAAAUUCAAGAUGAGCAUCGCCAACACCGUCAUCAACCAGGAGAACACCAGCCUGCACAGUAUGGGCACAGACCAGCUGCUCAACCUCUUCACUCUGGACAAGGACGACAAAAGUGACAAAGGAGAGCAGUCGUCAUCGACCUCAGGGAAGGCGUCCAUAAAGUCCGUGUUGGACGGCCUCGGGGAGCUGUGGGACCAGCAGCAGUACGACUCGGAGUACAACCUGGACAGCUUCAUGAACUCGUUGCACUAGCACUGUUAGGACUCCGUUCAGUCGUUGGAGGCCAAGCCGGACCUGGCCAGGAGGGAAAAUAAUAAAAAUGGAUCAGGGUUACAGUAGAAGUCAAACACAACCAGAUCAGGAACUGUUCGUACAUUUUAAUGCUCUUAAUUUGAAAGGUCUGGACUUAGAGCUGCUCCAAGCCUCAGUCCUCUCCAGAACUUUUUUUUUUAAACGUUGACAGUAAGUGAACCCGACCGCCACAGACCAGUAAACCAGAGCAAGCGACAAACAUCUCCAGUGUUGAAUUACGUCGUCGUCAGAUGGUGCUGCUCUCACCUUUCAAGCACAUGUAUAAUAAUUAUAGCUCUAAUUUAUAUCUGCGGCAGCAGGAGCUCGCUCUUUUCGCACUUCACCUUCCAGAGGAUAUUCAGUGUUAACUGCUUCUGCAACAUGUCAGAGUCUUAAACCAAGUCCUGCCUGUCAGCGCGUCUCUAAUGGAUGGAAACCCACACGGUUUGGAUCACAAAGGGAACCCAGGUGGCUGUGACGAGCCGCGGCGCAGAGCCCAGACUGGUACCUGAAAACUUGACCCAAAGUGUUUUAAAUAGGAACUGUAGACUUGUACAUAUUGCUUUUUCUUUAUUCUAGUGGAAUCGUAAUAAAUUCUGCAAACCUUGAA